AUGAAGGCACAGGCAGUGUGGUAUUUCUUCCUCAUUUCUCUGUUAUCUCUGAGUAGAUCUGAAGAUAUAUCAUUUCCACAGGUUUUUGGUCUAUCUAAACCUCAGAAAAAGGAAACAGUCACUGGAAGACUUGAUGCAGAUGUAACCCUCCCUUGCUCUUUUGAGAUUGGGUCUGAACCAGUAAUUUACUGGCGGAACCAAGAGAGUGAUAUUGUUCACUCAUUUUUCAAAAAUGCUGACCAGGUUGCUGGCUCCCAAUACGUAAACAGGACAUCCCUAUUUCAGGAAGAAAUUCCAAAUGGGAAUGCCUCCCUAAUACUUAAAAGAUUAAGACUUCAGGAUGAAGGGACUUAUACCUGCUAUGUUGGAACCUCAUCUAGUAAUUCCUGGACACACGUAGUGCUAAAUUUAGAAGGUUUCAUGACACCUGUGAUUGAAUAUGAAGAGACUAACUCAAACAACAACUUAAUAUGCAGUGUGUUAUGUGCUCAGCCUUGUCCAAAUAUCACAUGGGAAAUGGAUAAUAUAUCCAUUUCUAACCCCAUAGUAGAAGAAAGUGGUUCUUAUGUUUACAGUACAAUAAACAUUGUAUCGCCAGGUUCAUUUUAUGAAUGUGCUAUCGAAAACUUGUUGCUGGAGCAAAAAUGGACAGGAAGAUGGACAAAGAAAGGUGGGUUCCAUAGGUUGUUGUAUAUCUAUCUUAUAGCAACAGAAAGUGAAGAUGUUUCACUUUUGUGUGAACUUGGAAACAACCUUUUUCAACCUGAUGAAGACUUCAUGGUCACUUGGUCCAGAGUGCAAAAUGGGACUUCCUGUAUGCUGGCUUCCUUUCGGAGCUCCUCACAAGAAAUUACCAUCAAUGAAUCUCGACUAUCAUGCAAUGAAGAACAAAUAAACCAAGGCACCAUCUCUUCAACUUUGACAAAUAUUAGUACUUCAGACAGUGGGGAAUAUUUAUGCAAUAUUUCUUCAAGAAAAUAUACAUUACUCACCACCCAAAUACUGUAUGUAGAACCAUCUACAGAAAUGCCUCUUAUGGUCAAUGCUGUGGUUGGUGUGGUGGUGGUGAUGCUGAGAAGGAAAACUGGAAUCCAAGAAGUUAACCAAGUAGGAGAAGGAAUCAGACUUAAGCACGGCACCUAUGUGGCCCAGCUAACUAGUAGCAGGGGCAGAACUAGGUCCCAAGAAGCUUUUAUUCUGUAA